AUGGAUCAGGAUGGCGUUUUUCCCAACUAUGGCGUCGAUCAAUAUUUGCCAAAUGUCUCCGAAGCGGCUUUUAUCGAAGAGAAGAAAGGAGUUCUGAAAUGCACUGAAACGCUUGGCGAGAAGGAUCCGAUUCCGGAGAUUUCGUUGAAUUUCGAAGAAGCUUGGUCCAAAGAUCGGAAAUCGAACGCCCUAUUUGAAUCGAAAUUCAAAACAAUACCGCUUACCAAAGAGGAUAUAUCGAUAAUAAACACCAUGAGCAAUUGUUCGCCUGACGACGUCGCGAAACUGAUUCGAGGCGUUCAGAACUCGGUGUACUUGUUGGGCUUGGAAGAAGCGCGUCAAUGUCGCCGCGGAAAAAUAUUGGGAGUUUUGAGCGACGAGGAGGAGCAGAAAACGCCGCCGAAAUAA